AUGAGCAAUCAAUCACAAUUAAACUCUUUAUACUACUUGGCAUUUUACAAUUAUGGAGAAAAACAGUCACUUCUUUCCAUUGUCAUUUUCUUUAUUUAUGUGAUUGGCAUAUUGGGGAAUCUGAUAAUACUAAAUGCUAUAUACUUGGAUAUUCACUUACACACCCCUAUGUACUUCUUUCUCUGUGCCCUGGCCCUUGUAGAUAUCUGUUACCCUACUGUCACUCUUCCUAAACUCAUGGACAUUUUGCUUUCAGGAGACAACUCAAUAACCUUUAUCCAAUGUUUUACUCAAAUGUAUUUUUUCUUGGCCUUGGCUGCUGUAGAAGUAACUAUAUUGUCUUCUAUGGCAUAUGAUCGUUAUGUUGCUAUUUGCAAGCCCUUAAGAUAUCAUCUCAUUAUGAACAAAAGAGCAUGUGUACUGGUGAUUAUAGGGACAUGGAUUUUUGGCUUUAUUAAUUCAGCAUGGUUUACAAGUGUUGUUUCAAAGUUGUUACUUUGUCAUACCAAAAGGAUCAAACAGUUUUUCUGUGAUGUUAAGGCUGUGGCAGACAUCUUCUGUGAUACAACUACAUUUUACAAUACUAUUUAUGCUGAAACACUUAUAUUAGGACUCAUGACAUUAUCUAUAAAUGUCAUAUCAUAUAUAAAUAUAAUAAGAAACAUACUACAUAUUAAGUCCAAGCAUGGCAGAAAAAAGACUUUCUCCACUUGUACAUCCCACUUUACUGUUCUGAUCAUUUUCUAUGGGAGUGUAUUCUGGAUGUACAUGAGGCCACCUUCAGAAUCAGAGAACCUUGACCCAGUGUUCACCGUGCUUUAUGUUGGAGUGACUCCCAUGUUAAAUCCACUCAUAUAUAGUCUAAGGAAUAAAGAAGUAAAAAAUGCCCUGAAAAGAUUUGCAGGCACAAAAUCUAUAUAG